GCUCUUCGGCAUCAGAGGGGUUUUGCCUCCUUCAUUCUCUGCUCUUUCUCUGAAGCUCUGCUUUUAGCUGAAACUUUUCCUUGCCUUUUCCCUCCUCUCUGAACAACUCCACCACAAUGAGUCGUAUCUCCUACAGAACAUCCUCUGCAGGAGGCAACAGGGGCUUCUCCUCUGGUUCUGCCAUUGUUGGUGGUGGCGGCGGCGGUGGGAGAUCGAGUUUUAGCUCAUACUCUGUUUCUCGUGUCGGAGGAGCAAGAGCCGGAGGUGGCGGUGGCUAUGGAUUCGGUGGUGGCUUCGGCAGUCGAAGCAUGUACAGCCUAGGUGGAAACAAACGAAUUUCGUACGGUGGAGGUUUCCACCGAGCAGGUUUCGGUGGUGGAUACGGCGCUGGUGCUGGGGCUGGCUUUGGAUAUGGAGGUGGCGCAGGUGGUGGCGCAGGUGGUGGUGCAGGUUUUGGUUUUGGUGGACCAGGGUUUGGAGUUCCUGGUGCUGGCUUUGCAGUGGGUGGUCCAGGUUUUGGUGGAAGACAUGGACCAGGGUUUGCAAUUUGCCCACCCGGUGGCAUCCAAGAGGUGACUAUCAACCAGAAUCUCCUGCAACCACUCCACCUGGAGAUUGACCCAGAGAUUCAAAAAGUGCGCACACAAGAGAGGGAGCAGAUCAAGACACUUAACAACAAAUUUGCCUCUUUUAUUGACAAGGUCCGAUUCCUGGAGCAGCAGAAUAAAGUCCUUGAGACUAAAUGGGCGCUCUUACAAGAACAGGGAUUAACAGUUCGACAAAAUCACAUGGAGCCCCUUUUUGAGAAAUAUAUUAAUAAUCUUAGACAUCAACUUGAUAAUCUAGUGGGUGAGAGGGGAAGGCUAGAUUCUGAACUGCGAAACAUGCAAGACAUGGUGGAAGACUUCAAGAACAAAUAUGAAGAAGAGAUUAACAGGCGUACAAGUGCAGAGAAUGAAUUCGUCGUGCUGAAAAAGGAUGUUGAUGGUGCCUACAUGAACAAGAUUGAACUUGGAGGCAAAUCAGACUCACUGAAUGAUGAAAUUGAGUUCUUGAAAGCGCUAUUUGAUGCGGAAUUAUGUCAGAUGCAGCAGCAGGUAUCUGACACUUCUGUUGUGCUAUCGAUGGACAACAACCGAAGCCUGGACUUGAACAGCAUCAUAGCAGAAGUCAAAGCCCAGUAUGAAGACAUUGCCAACCGGAGCCGUAGCGAAGCUGAAUCAUGGUAUCAAAGCAAGUAUGAAGAGCUGCAAGUCACUGCUGGGAGACACGGAGAUGACCUCCGCAACACAAAGACAGAAAUUUCUGAGCUUAACCGAAUGAUCCAGAGGCUGCGAAGUGAAAUAGAUGCCUUGAAGAAACAGUGUGCCCAUCUCCAGGCAGCCAUUGCGGAGGCUGAGGACCGUGGUGAACUGGCCCUCAAAGAUGCAAGGCAGAAGCUGAACGAACUGGAGGAAGCCCUGCAGAAAACAAAGCAAGAACUGGCGAGGCAGCUCAAGGAAUACCAGGAGCUGAUGAACGUCAAGCUGGCUCUGGAUAUUGAGAUUGCGACAUACAGGAAGCUGCUGGAAGGAGAGGAGAGCAGAUUGUACAGUGGUGACAGCGGAAACGUGAGCGUCUCUGUGGUCAGCUCCACCACUGGAGUCGGUUAUGGAGGCGGAAGCGGCCUUGCCUUGGGAGGAGGUGGCCUAGGAGGAGGACACGGCAUUGGUUUUGGAGGCGGCAGCGGCUACGGCAUUGGUGGCGGCAGUGGCUACGGCGUUGGUGGCGGCAGCGGCUAUGGCGUUGGUGGUGGCAGCUAUAGCAUAGGAGGGGGAAGCGGGUUCGGCACUGGGGCUGGUUAUGGAAGUGGGGUUAGUGUAGGAGGUGGCAGCAGUUAUAGCUCUGGAGGGGGACGUGUCUCCUCUGGUAGUGGAGGUGGAGGAAGCUCAAGCGUGAAAAUCGUAUCAAAAACUACUUCAACCAAGAAAACAGUCUAUUAAAGGUUGACCCUCCCCCUCCCCGGUCCGAACGAGAGCACAUUGCCAUUUGCAAGUGAAACUCUCCAAUCCAGUAUGUAAAUAGCUCUGCAAGGCUCCUCCCCUCUGACCUUUCACCUUUUCCGUAUGAGACUGGCCAUUGCAUGGAUCCAAAUAUUGGAACCCGGGUCUAGUGAGAGCAUUCCAUGAGCAGAAACAAACUUGCGGUUGUGGAUCAGCUGUACCUAGUUGUGUACAGUGGGAUAAACAACCACAUCUUGUGAAUCAUGUUUAACAUUUUUUAGAGAAAGGUUAAGUUCAGGAACAUGAGGGGAGUCUGCAGUGGGAAAGGGAAAUCAGUGGAAAUUGCCAGUUUAGUCUCAAUCCAACCAAGUCUUUAAACAAACCAUGCAACCCACCCCUUCCAGGAAACCUUUGCUAACACUUAGGGCUCCUUCCAAGAGGAUGAUAGGGAGGAAUUUUCCCUGUCUUCCACAACUAGCAAGUCGCUGCUGCUGUCUUUCUCUGGUCAACAACACAGCACAGACAUCCUGAUCCACGGGGCAGAAGGUAGAAGGAAUAUACUCCCAGUUCUUUGAAUCUUCUAGUUGAAUUACAAUGCAAUCUUAAGGAGAUGGCUGUUGUGGAUUUUCCAGGCUGUAUUCGUAGUUUUUGAUACCAUCUUAAGGAGAGUUCUUCUAAGUCCACAAUGAGUUUUGAAGGGUGCAACUCAAUUUAGGAUUGAGCUGUUAAGUUCUCUAAGACAUAGCCCCUUGAUAAUUGAUCACCUCUAUCUGAUCAAUGGCUGUAUUCCAUGUGAAAGAGGUCCUAACUUGCUGGUUGCUGCUUGGUUAAAAAAAUGCCCCCCUCCAUUUUAGAAAGGCAUAUUAUUGACUUUAGAUUAAUCAUUAAUCACUUUGGGUGACAAUAGAAUUUAUGCCGAUACUUAAUUUUGUUACUGAAUUAACAGCUUUCAUAUUUUUCACUUACUAGGCAAUAGGUAGUGGUGGGAGUUUCCCCGUUGGCAGGCUUUAAGAACAUGCUUUUGGAAAUCUUUCUCCUGUUUGGGCAUGUUCUUUGUCAUUUCAUUGAAGGCAGCAUAAAGCUACAGCCCCAUAAAAUCAUUACACCCUUGCCAAAAAGAACACCCGAGAUAAGAUCUGUUCCCAUCUUGUGUUCCAGCACGCACAGGUAUCAUUUCCAAUAUAGGCAAAAAGAGGUUUGGUUCUUUCUUGGAGGGGAAAGCAAAUGUGGAAAAGGUGAUUGCUUCUGUUGCUUUUGUUUUCUCAACUGUAACACUGAUUUUCUCAUGCUUCAUCCAAAUGGGUAUGGGACUUUGUCUUUCUACCAUGCAAGGCUGCAUGACAAAUAAAAAGCAAUUGUCAUUUUUAAA